UGGGAUGUGAGCGGCGAUGGAGGGGUGUGUAAGGAGGAGCUGUACCCUGGCAGUGGGCAGGUCGUGCCCCCCAAUGCCUCUGUAGAAGACAUCACCCUGGGGGGCCUGGAAAUUGGCCUGCUGACUAUGAAGAAGGGGGAGGUGGCAAGAUUUGUCUUCACACCGCCUUACGCCUAUGGGCAGCAGGGCUGUCCUCCUCUCAUUCCCCCAAAUGCCACUGUCAUGUUUGAAGUGGAGGUGCUGGACUUCCUAGACUCGGCUGAAUCUGACUCGUUCUUUGAGUUGACUGCUGAGCAGCAGGAGACGUUUCCGCUACAAAAGGUGUUGAAAGUGGCAGAGACGGAGAGAGAGUUUGGCAACUACCUCUACCGUAAGCAGCACUUUGAGAGUGCCAUAGACAGAUACAAAAGGGCGUUCUCCGUCCUUGGCCGCAGCCCUUCCAGUGAGACAGAGCAGCGUCAGAUCAAUGCCUCCAAGUUGCUGUUGCUGCUGAAUCUCUCCCUCACUUACCUGAAACUGAAACGUCCUGCCCAAGCUUUGGCAUAUGGGGAGAAGGCCUUGGAGAUUGACCAAAGAAAUGCCAAAGCACUGUUCAGGUGUGGCCAGGCUUGUCUCUGCAUGACAGAAUAUGAAAAAGCUCGGGAUUUCCUGGUCAGAGCUCAGCACAUACAGCCAUUCAACCACGAUAUUAACAAUGAGCUGAAAAAGUUGGCAAGCUGCUACAAGGACUACGUGGAGAAGGAGAAGGAAAUGUGCUGCCGAAUGUUUGCCUCUCUCAACACUUCCUCUGGCUAA